AUGCAAGAAUCAAACUCUACAAACCAGCCAUCACCCGAAACUUUUUUCACCAUCGAUCCAUCACGAGUGGCACUCAACGCAGGCUUGAUACUCAUGGAGGAAGACAAGGAUUACGGAAAGGCUUUGAAUUUCUUCUUACAAGCGGCCAAUAUGGGAAAUGCGAAUGCUGAAUAUUAUGUUGGACACAUGUAUCAUAAAGGCUUGGGAAUGGAACAAAAAGAGAUUCCAUUGGCUUUCAUGUGGUAUCAGAGGGCUGCACAGAAGGGACAUGUGCAGGCACUUUAUUUGGUUGGAAUUUUUUAUUAUUUUGGAUUUGGUGUGGAGAAGAGUUUUGAAAAGAGUUUUGAAUAUUGUAACAAAGCAGCAGAAAGUGGACAUUCACAGGCACAGUUUGAUGUUGGAUUGAAUUAUUUGGAAGGAGAAGGAGUGGAGAGAAAUGUGGAAUGUGCCAUGACUUGGUUUACCAAAUCUGCCAAUCAGAAUAAUUUAUUUGCCAUGAAGAAAUUGGCUCAAUUGUAUGAUAUUGGUGAUGUAAUUCCAAGAAAUGUAAAUGAAGCAUUCAAAUGGUGUUUGAAGGCUGCAGAAUUAGGUGAUUCUGGUAGUCAAUAUGAUGUUGCUGCCAUGUAUGAAUUUGGAGAUGGUACUGAAAGAGAUUUAUCCAAAGCUUUUGAAUGGUAUUCCAAGUCAGCUCAUCAAAAGAAUCCCCAAGGUGAAUUCCAAGUUGGAUUAAUGUAUUGCUUGGGUAAACAUGUGGAAAAGGAUCUCAGUAAAGGUUUGGAGUUUGCAUUGAGAGCUGCUGAACAAGGAUUGUCAAAAGCUCAAUACGUUGUGGCUGACAUGUAUGCAAGAGGCGAUGGCACUCCAAUUGAUGUUAUGAAAUCCUACGAAUGGUACUCUAAAUGUUGCAAUGCAUGUAUGAAUGAAAAUAAUGGAGAUUUACUUCAGAAAUGCGUUGCUAGAUUGAACAUGCUCGCCAAACAAUUAUCACACAAAUAG